AUGUCUUCAUCGUCUGACGCUUUAUUGUUUGUACGUAACGCCACUCUUGCAGGUGCUGCUGCUCUUGGGCUUUUGGCGCUCAAAUACAAUGAUCGAGCCUUAUUCACCGAGAAACGAGAGGGUAUGCCCUUUGCUCCGGGGGAUCCCAUUUUUGGUGGCUUGAUUCAUCAAUUGAAAAACAAGAACCGGCUCUUGGACGAUAUCUUGGAUACGAUGGAGAAAUACAAUACAUUGACUUUCUAUGCAACCGCCCUUGGACUGACGCCGAAUAUCAUGACUAUCGACCCUCGUAACGUCACCUAUUUAUUGAAAGAUAACUUCUCAAAUUAUGUAAAGGGCCCUAUUAUGCUAUCGGCUAUGGGUGAUCUAUUUGGCCAUGGUAUUUUCGUCGCCAAUGGCGAACAAUGGAAAUAUCAACGGAAGGCUGCCAGUUUGAUCUUUAACGUGGUCAAUUUCAGAGACCAUUUCACAGAAUUAGAAUUCUUGUCACACAAGAUUUUUGACAAGAAGGCCGAAAGCGGCAAGCCUAUCGACUUUCACGAUGUCAUCUACAAGUUCACUUUAGACUCGUUCGUCUAUCUCGGCUUUGGCAAACAGAUCCAUGCCUUGGGCAGCAAAGAAAAAGUCCCCUUUGCAGCAUCAUUCGAUAUUUGUCAAUCCAACUGCUUUGAACGUUUCAUCGAUCCAUUCACCAACCUUCGCGACGCACUUAGGCCCAUUUUCCAUCCAGGCUCGCUCCGCAUCAAACAGCAUCUCAGAGUGAUUGAUGAUUUUGCAUAUACCUUGAUCAGUGAACGACGAGAACAACUAAAGAGCGGCCAAGAAUACAAGGACUUGUUGUCACGAUUCAUGAACGCACGCAAUGAGAAUAAUCAAACACUGGGUGACCGCGAGUUGCGUGACACGGUGUUGAAUUUUAUCAUUGCUGGUCGCGAUACAACGGCUCAGGCACUCUCUUGGACAUUUUAUAAUUUGAUGCUGCAUCCACGCAUCGAAGCCAAAUUGGUUGCUGAAAUUCAUGAGUACCUGCCUGUAGAGGAUACCAUCGAAUCAUUGGAGGCACCCAAGCUUUAUGAAAUUAUCAAGAAAAUGACUUAUGCCCAUGCUGUUUUUUACGAAGUACUUCGACUCCAUCCGUCAGUACCGACAAACGUCAAGGUUGCAUUGGAAGAUGAUGUAUUCCCCGAUGGCUCACCUGUCAAAAAGGGCGACUCGAUAAGCUGGAGUCCUUAUGCUAUGGGUCGAUCUCGACAAUUGUGGGGUCCUGAUGCUCGCUCCUUCCGCCCUGAACGUUGGAUUACAGAGACUGGAGGACUUCGUCGCGAAAAUGCAGGUCAAUGGCCGGCUUUCCAUGCAGGACCAAGAAUUUGUUUGGGCCAAGAGUUAGCCACGCUUGAAAGUUUGGUGGCGAUUGUUAUGCUGCUCAAGAGAUACAAGUUCUCGCUCGUACCAAACCAGGAGAUUACCUAUGACAUUUCGUUGACACAUCCAAUGCGAUACGGUAUGCAAGUGUUUGUCGAACGCCGCUAA